AUGGCAGGCGCAAGCGAGUGGGAUGAGCUCCUUGCUGAGGAAGUCGCAGGGCUACCUCGGGGUACCGAGGAGUGGGAUGAUCUCCUUGCGGCGGACCUGGCGGCGCCGGCGCAGCCAGCCGAUGCUGGUGAGUGGGAUGCCCUCCUCGAGGAGGACGCCGCAGCGCUGGCCCAUGAUGCCCUUGCCACUGGCCGCGCGGUUGUGAACGUCCAUGCCGCGGCGGGCCCUCCCAGGCCGAAGCCGAAGGGGCGACCGCCCAAACGACCGCCACCGCCAGGUGACAUCGUCACCGCGACCCCAAGCCAGAAAGAUCGGCGAUUGACAUCUGCAGUGCCGCCUGUUGCGGACGAUCUGUCCAUGGCAUUGCUCGCUUUGAACAAGCCGACUCGGUUCGUUAGCAGCCCCAUCUUGGACCACAUGAGGUCGUGCAUUGCAGUGUCGGCGGGCGCUUCCGACGGCGAGAUUGAUGACCAGAUCGCCGCCGUCAGCGCCAAGAUCUUCAAACCUUCCAAAUUGGGCUCGGUCAUAUCUCAUGUUACAGAUGCGUCAUUGAGUGAUUCGAUUGGUGUGGACAGGAAAAAGGUGACGAGGACUGUUUUGAGGUUGGCAUCUUCAAUUACACUGGUCGACAGAAUCAGGCAGGCUGACAUCGAAAAGCAGUGUUCCAAGUUGCAUGGUGACGUAACCCUACUCGAAUAUUUCGACUUAUCGAGGUACGACGAGACGCCACUUCCGAUGAGGGCUCGCGAGGAGUUGGCGCGGCAGAUGUUCAGUGAGGAGUCGGACGCAUUGGCCGAGUCAAUUGUGCCAGCUAGCUCGGACAUUGCCCUCGCUGGCGCGUCCAUAUCAUUCCGAGGAUCUGGUGAGAGCCGCUUGAAAGUCAUGCAGACCGAGUCAUCGUAUGCCAUGUUAAUCAAAAUCAGGCGGGGCGAUAUCUACGAGUACGCGUUGUUGAGGGGCGGGUGUUCUACGUGGCUUCAGGCUGGGGACAGGAUGACGGGCGAUGUCAUCAAGUACAUGCUCGACCAGAGUUCGGCUGCGUCGCUCGGGUGCUUGCAGUUCGAGCGCCGCUCGAGGUUGGCAACCACGGACAAGUUUUCUGGCAACGGCAGGGCGGAGCGAGGUAUCAUUGCAGAUCGCGGUGACCAGUGGAAGUCGAUCAGGCUGGAUUGCCGCAUGCACAUUAACGCUACUGUACACGUUUCAGUUUUUAAGAUUGUCGACGUGACUAUUACCAACAUGACGCAUUUGGCCAAGUCGUUGAGGCUAGGAGGCGAACUACCGAGGUUUCGGAAGUUUUUGAAGCGGUGGAUCUUGAAGCCUGGGAACAUAGAGUUUCGAGUGGGAAGCCCCCCAGCUGACGCGGCCCAGUGGAAAGCCAACGCCGCGCGGGUGUUCCUAGGCGGGAAGGCCGCUGUGAAGAGAUUGUCGGUCCUCAACUGCUUUGCGAACGGCGAUUGGAGGAACCAUCGAUGCAUCGAGCACUAUUCCCGCGUGCCGUUCGACAGCCCAGGGUCCAAGCUCAAGAGGUCAAAGGAAAUCGCAGAGGGUUUGGCGUUUGGCUUGGCAUCUUGCCAGCCAUUUGUAUACGUGAAAUCCAGAUGGGACGGGUGCGACCAGGCUGUCGAUGACAUCGCCAUUCUGGAGAUCGUGCAUGGUCUACUCGCCAAUGUCUACCCCGACUACGUCGCGUCUUUCAGAAAAGCCGAGCAGCGCAAGCAAGCUGGGGGCAGCGGCGCAGCUGCGGGUGCCGACGACGACGGUAUGGACCCAGAAUGUUCUGGAGAUGACAGUUCUGAUGCUGGGGCUGGCGAGGGCGCAGCCGAUCGAGCCCCGCGCGCAGAUCGCCAGUUGACAGUUGCCGACGGACGGGGAGGGGCAGGCGCAUCAAGCAAUCAUGAUGAACGUGAGGGUGGCUACGCCGACGAGAAUGCGAAGCACCGUAAGUGUGGAUUGGCGUUCCUGAAGGGUGACCCCGAUACAUUCCUCGUGAUAGCUCGCCUCGUGAUGGAGCCGCUCCGCGCUCACCGCAUGGCGUUGAGAUAUAUGGGUGGUGACAAAUGGGAGAGAAAGCAGAUGCUGGCUGAAGUUCGGUCAGCGCGGGCUGCGUCUUCUGGCGGGCCAGCCGUGGAAGGGCGCACGUACAGGGUCGUCGUAGUGGCGCGGACGUUGCUGGAGAACUGCUUUUUCCAAAAGCUCGCGCAGCUUUUCGACCAGCCCGACUUGUUCUCUCUAGUCCCCGCGUCUGCCCACCGCGAGGAGACGGGUGCAACUGCGUUCAGGAUGAUAUCUCGCGCAGGCGCCCUCAUGGAGCUGCUCGUGGCCGAGCCCGCGAGGGGGUGCCCAUUCAGGCUGUUCUUGCUCCUGGCCGACAGGGGGAUGGCUGACAUUCUGAGGGACGAGCCAGACUGCAUAAAGGACGACUUCUCCAUAGCAUUCAUUCGCGAGAACGACCUCGGCUCUGAUGACGCGUACCAACGUUUGCGAUGCAUUGCGCUGUUGCUGAACACUGACAUGGCGAAAAUAGAAAGCCUCCAUGCCACCGUCCGCAGGCAGGUGAUGAAGCGGGGGCUUCAAACGCACACGCCCUCUCUGGAGAGGAUUUCAGCUGAAUUCUGCUUAUCUUACCAUCGGAUGUUGAAUAAAUACUUCCUUCCUGGCGUGCUGAGGCCGCGCGAUGCCGACAUCGGGGGCGGGGAUGUUGGCGCCGAGCCGAACCUGAAGACGCGGGCCCCUGGAGAGUGGAAGGCGUACAUGGGGACCAUGGCGGAGAGAGACGAAAAGGGGGGGUGGGUUGCGAACUCUGGGCAGUCCUACAGGGCCCUCACGGACAGGGAGCAGCGCCAGGUCAGGGAGCUCUCCAUCAGCGCGAAGCAAGCCAUCGACCGUGGGGAUAUCAACAGGGGACAGGGGACGUUCGGCCCGACCCGAAAACAACUUGACCGUGAGAAGCGUCGCCGCGAUGAUCAAGUCGCCGUGGUGGCCAUUCCAGGCGCCCUCAGGGACGACUACGACGCGGAGGUCAUGGCCAACUACAUCGUCGCACGGACGCCUGACCCCACCCGAGUGAUCCUGGCAGCAAGGAAAGCCAUGAGGGCAACAAAUGCAAUCGUUCGCAGGGCGGACCGCCACACGGACAAAGCCAUUCACGAGUGGGCUGCGCAAGCGCCUCGUCCUGACCUGCGACCGCUGGGCCCCUCGAUCGGGACAUCGCCCUCCGCUCUGGAUGGCGCCGUGGCCGUGCCAAGCAAUGGCCUUUCAGUUCUGGAGUAUCGCGACGAUUCCGUCGACGUGGCGACUCGUCUUGUUGGCCAGUUUUGUCAUCGGGAUGUUGGCCACUCCAGCGAUGCAGCUAACGUGAAGAAGUCGCAGGUGGGCAAGGUUUUAGAUACGCACUGGCAAACCAAGCACUCCCUCAUCUACCAUAGCGAAGUUCCGAAGAUUGGUUGCCCCGCGCCGCCGUUCCCCAAAUGUCUGAAGGCGGGCAUGUGUUUGUGCACGGAUGCCGAUGGGAAGCUGCGCUACAAGUUUCGGAACGCCGUCAACAGAACGCUUCGGAGGCAUUUCGGCCGCGGCUCUGAUGACCGCGUUCACCUGCUGAGCGAGGGGCGCAUCUUCGCGUGCUUCAAGGGGGUUCGGGUCAGGGGCACAGAGGAGCAGCUAUUGGACCCAGAGACGAUGAUGCACGUCGACCACAUAUCGGCCAUGAGGUUCAACCCGUUCGAGCCCGUGUACCAGGGCAUGAUCGGCGUCCAGGUGGUCGACGAGACGACUGGCGAGAUCGAGCUCGAGGCCGCGGGGCGGGCGGGGAUGGGGAUCGGAGGGGCGACGUCCAGCUACAUUGUCGAGUACAAGUUUUAUAAGCACUUCGACCUCGACUUCCGAUGGGAGCUGUCCUUCUAUGUCUUGUGCGAGAGGAAGAGGGUCGGGGUCGACGGGGGCAGGGCGGCGCUGCUAGGGAUGCGGACCGCGGGGGCCCACGGGGGGCGCAUGCAAUCGAAGGCGCCCCCCCUCCGCCGCCGCUUCCACCGCUGA